CAAAAAGUGAAGGGGAAAGAAAGGGAGAGUAUUGUUUGCUUUACAGAGAACUAUUCUUGGUCUUUAUCUCUUUCUAUAAAUCAAUCAAAAUCUCACACACCCAUGUCAAAAGAAUACACUAAGGAAGAAACCCCCGGCCACCACCUCCCUAAAAUGACCAAGGACAAACCCAGCGGCCCCUACAGAGCCUUGUGCACCUGCCUCUCCAUCUUCCUCCUCCUCGUUGGCGUCACGGCCCUCACCCUCUGGCUCGUCUACCGCCCCCACAAACCCCAGUUCACCAUCGUCGGUGCUGCCGUCUACAGCCUCAACGUCACCUCCCCUCCCUUGAUCUCCACCGCCAUGCAGUUCACCCUCGUCACCAGAAACCCCAACCGCCGCGUCUCCAUCUACUACGACCGCCUCUCUGCCUUCGUCGCCUAUAAGAACCAGGCGAUCACACCGCAGGUGGCACUGCCACCGCUGGUGCACGAGCAUCGAAGCACGGUGGCUGUGUCGCCGGUUCUGGGUGGUGGGGAUGUGCCGGUGGCGGUGGAGGUGGUGAAUGGGCUGAUGAUGGACCAGGUGUACGGGGUGGUGGGGCUAAGGGUGGUGGUGACGGGGAGGCUCAGGUGGAAGGCCGGCGCAAUAAGGACGGGGCACUACGGGAUUUAUGUGAAAUGUGAUGUUUUGGUUGGAUUGAAGAGAGGUUUUGUAGGUCAAGUUCCCUUGCUUGGUAAUCCUGCAUGUAAGGUUGAUAUAUGAGCAUCAUAAUAAAAAUUAGAUUUCAAUUAGGUCUGCCGACUUUUUUCCUUCAGUAUUUUGUGCAGUUUUUCUUUGGUUAAUUUUGUCUAGUUUUUCCUUAUUCAUUUAAUCUGUAAUACUAGUCAUCGAUGGUGGAUCAACUUAAGGAAGUUAAUUGUAACCAUUUGAGCUUAUAAAUGAACAAGGAUAUAAUAUGCUA